AGAAAGAGAAACAGCUCACCGCUGAAACCAAAGCAUGGCCUUAUUAUAUGCUUUCCAGGCUAGCAAAACUCCCAAAUGCUCACUUAAAAUAUCGGUAAUUCACUAGUUUAUCUUUUCCACCGCCGAAAAUGAAGAAGAAAAUUGGGAUAAUUGGAGCUGGAAUCAGUGGCCUGCUUGCAUGCAAAAACGCAAUGGAGAAGGGUUUUAAUCCGAUGGUAUUUGAGGCUCGUAGCUGCAUAGGAGGUGUUUGGUCUCAAACUAUAGAGUCUACUAAGCUCCAAACACCCAAAAAUUUAUACCAGUUCUCAGAUUUCCCUUGGCCAUCUUCAGUUAAAGAGAGAUUCCCUGAUCACAACAAGGUCAUGGAGUAUCUUCAAGCCUAUGCUGUUCACUUUAAUAUUCUUCCAAGAAUCAAAUUUAAUUCCAAAGUUAUUAACAUUGAGUAUGUUGCGUCCUCUGAAGAGGAUUUGAUUUCUUGGGAUUUGUGGGGUGGCACAGGGAAAGCCCUCUCCCCUACUGGGAAUUGGGUUAUCAGAAUACAGGAUGCUCAGGAUUCCUCUGUACCAGUUGAGGUGUAUCAAGUGGAUUUUGUGAUCCUUUGCAUUGGAAGGUUUAGUGACCUGCCAAAUAUACCAGAUUUUCCAAUGAACAAAGGUCCUCUGGUAUUUGGUGGUCAAGUCUUGCAUUCCAUGGAUUAUGCUGCCAUGGAUGAUGAUAGUGCUGCUCAAUUUACAAAAGGCAAACGAGUUACAGUUGUUGGCUGUCAGAAAUCAGCAACUGAUAUAGCAGCAGAGAUCGCCAGUAGAAAUGGGGUAGAGCAUCCAUGCACAAUGCUAUAUAGAAAGGCCUACUGGAUGGUUCCUGAGUACUUAGUCUGGUUCACUUUCAUUGGUUUAAAUCGCUUUUCGGAGUUUAUGGUUCACAAGCCUGAAGAAGGAUUCUUCUCUUGGAUCUUGGCAAUCUUGCUUUCACCUCUGCUUUGGAUAUUUUCAACAUUAAUUGAGUUCUAUUUGAAGUGGACACAACCAUUGAAGAAAUAUAAUAUGGUCCCAUCUCAUAGUUUCAUCAAACAGAUUUCUUCGUGCUCGCUCUCAUCUCUACCAGCUAAUUUUUAUGGCAAUGUCAAAGAAGGAAGCCUUAUCCCAAAGAAAUCAGAAAACCUCAGCUUCUGCAAAAAUGGUUUGAUCAUAGAAGGUGAGGAGAAUCCAAUGGAAACUGAAAUUGUUAUCUUUGCAACGGGAUACAAAAGUGAAGAAAAGCUCAAGAACAUUUUCAAAUCCAGCUACUUUCAAAAAUGCAUUAUUGGGUCAUCAGCUCCUUUAUACAGAGAUUGCAUUCAUCCUCGAAUUCCACAGCUAGCUAUACUUGGAUAUGCAUACAGUCAUUCAGAUUUAUAUGCUGCGGAAAUGAGAAGCAAGUGGGUGGCACAUUUUCUUGCAGGAAAAUUCACAUUACCAACCAUAAAUGAAAUGGAAGCUCAAGUGACAGAAUGGGAAAAACUUAGAAGGUAUUACGCUGAAGAGAGAUACAGUGGUUCGUGUAUCAAUGCAUUGCAUCAAAUCUAUUGCAAUGAUCAGCUGAGCAAGGACAUGGGAUGCAAUCCAAGAAGGAAAAACUGCUUUCUUGCUGAGCUAUUUUCUCCUUAUGGUCCUAAUGAUUACAAAUACAUCUGUUACCAGUAAGAAGAUUAGAUUAAACUUAAUUGUAUUCCUUCGCAGUACUGUUGUGAUGAACUUAUUUUAUGAAAAACAAGCAAGAAUGACGCUAGAAAUGAAAACAGGAGGCUCCGGUGGUUCUAAUUGGAGGCCUCUUGAGAUGCAGCUACUAGUAGUUUCACUCUAACCACUGCACAUAGUUCGAAAUGGAAAUUUUCUUGGUUCCAAUCUGCA